GAUGUCUGCGUAGCGCGGCCAUUGCUGCGUGCCUCUUCGUACGUGAGAACAGAAAACCGUAAAGUGCAGGGGAGAACGCGGUGAAAGCGGGUGGGAAAGGUCUCGCGUUGUCGCUGCCGUCCUUUUUGUGGCUCACGUGCGCUGCAUCGCGUGGGCCGCGCGCCGCGCGUGCUGAAUCUCUCUUCUCCUCCUUGGUUUUAUACACACAACAGGCAGUAAUUCCAUUCGAUGCUCUACGACUUCUUCCGCUUCCUCCGCGGUGUGUGGGACGCCGUCGUGCUCCCGUACGUUCUCCUCUCCAUCGCCAACCUCGCCACGGACGGCUGGGAGGCGGCGACCCACCUGCGGGAGACGCUUAAGGUGCUCGUCUGCUUCCUCAGCGGGCGCAGUCACCGCGGCUUCCCACUCUCCCGCUCCGCGUUGGAGGCGCAGCGGACUGCGGUUACCGCUGCGGCGGGAUCGACCGCCGCCGGCCGCAAAACUCCCUCCACGCUGCCGUUGGGCCCGCGGGGAGUCGCGUCGCCGCCGCCGCUGCUCCACUGCAGCUACCGCGCCGGCAGCGAGGAGGAGAACGACGCCGACAGCGAGGCGGAGUUCCCGCCGGGGCGGCAGCGCCCCUCCGUGCGCGGACUCUCCGACGAGGAAAGGCGUCGCGAAGGCUGCACCAGCGGCAGCACCGGCGCCGCGGCCGACGACGACGAUGGCGACGACGGCUCCGUCAGUCCUGCGCCUCUCAUUCAACGCCGGCUUUUGCUGGGGAGGAAGGGCGAGGUGGAGGAGUGGCUGCCGGCCCUGCGCAGUCGCCUGCUGAUUCCACCGCACCACCCCCUCUGCGUCUCGCGUAGCCUGCAUCAGCUGGUGAGCAUCGUCAUCGGGCCGAUCCAGCAGCCGACCGUCUCCACGAUGCCGACGCGGCACCCCGAGCCGCAGUGGCCGCCGCACUUUCUGCGAACGGGCCACAACGCUGGCGGCGGCGUCGCGGGCGGCGGCGUUGGCGACCCCUCGACCGAUGAGUACAGCAGCUCGAACUCCAGCGCAACGUCGAGCACGCUGCGGCGCCGCAGCGGCCACACGACGCGUUACCGUCAGGCCUCGUCGGUCGUCUACCAGCGCGUCAGCAGCCGGCACCUCGACUUCUCCAACUCGCGCGUCGCACCGCACCUCAUCGCCUCCAUCACGGCCCACCACGUGCUGAGUUACCCCGCGACGCGGCAGAAGGUGCUCGUCAUGGACUUGGACGAGACGCUCUGUUAUGUGUCGACGACCACGGCGAACAUGGCGGGCCCGCCGACGUUCUCCGAGGUGAUCCCGACCGUGUCCGGCGCGGAGCUCUUCCAUGUCUGGGUGCGCCCCUACGCCCGUCUCUUCCUGGCCACCGCGGCGAAGCUCUUCAACCUCGUCCUCUUCACCUCCGCGUCGAAGCCGUACGCAGACACGAUUCUGCAACGCAUCGAUCCCGAUCACCUGCUGAAGCUGCGCUACUACCGACAGGACUGCCGACUCGUGUCGCGGCGUAUGCUGCGCGUGAUGUGCGCCGCAGUGGGCAAGCGGGGGGCGUCGUCGGACUCCGCUGGUCGACAGAGCAGCAACGACCGCGUCGGGGCAGGUGCACGGGAAGGGGCGGUGGGGGACUUCAACCCCAGUCCCAGCGAGCAGCACGACGAUGCCAGUGGCAGCGGGUCCACGACGAGCACGGACAACGACAGCGCCGGCGGCGGAGGCACCGGUGGAGUGAGCAGCAGCAGCGGAGCGGAAAGCGCAGACGCGACCGCCACUCAGAAGGCGACGACGACGACGACGUGCAGCUUCGCCUCCUCUGGCGGGCUGUUGACUGUGGGGAACACCGCACGAAGCAGCAGCAGCAGCAGCACGAACAGCAGCAUCAGCAGCGGCGGCAACACGAACACCGCUGUCGCGGCGACAGCGGAAGACUUGCCUGUUCUCGAGAAGUCCCUCAUCAACGAGCACGCCAAGGUGUUGCUGAAGGACCUGCGUAUACUGAAGGUCCCGCCAGAGCUGCUCGUGCUGAUCGACAACUCGGAGGAGUGCACGCUCGUCAACCCCGAAAACGCCCUCAUCGUCUCGCCGUUCAUCCCGUCACUGACGAAGGGAUCCGCGAGCGAGAAGACCGCCGUAGCGGCGGCGGCGCACCCGACGCGCGGAGCGGCGCGCGACACGGAUACGCCGCGUAGCGAUCCACAAGGGGAGGUGAAGGAGGCGGCAUCGCCGAACACGGCGGCCGCCGCCGUGCCGGACGACGCGCGCACGAAGUCGGCGAGCAGCGGCGGCCCUGCGAGGGAGCCGACGACACCGGCGGAGGAGGUGUUACUGAUGGGGGACGACGGCGCCGCGAACGACGGUCCGGAAGAAGAUGAGGUGCUGUUGGCGCUGUUGCCGAUGCUGGAGUGUCUCCUGGUGGUCCCCGACGUGCGCUCCAUUCUGCGGCUUGGGAAGCUGUAUUGA